AUGACCCAAACACCCUCCCCCUCAACCUCCUACGCCCACCGCACCUCCCUCUACGAAUGGCAACUCGUCGCUCAAGUCGCAGCGCCUCCAUUCCCCGACGCAGGGAUAGAAUGGCUGAAUAAUUUCGUGGAUGCGAUAUUGGAGGCUGAGGAGGGAGCGGGGGAGAAGAAAUUGGGCAUGUAUUAUAAUUAUGCGGAUCCGAGUUUGGGGAGGAGGGAGGCGGAUGGGAGAUAUUGGCUUCAGAAUUACCCCCGCCUUAAAGCCAUCAAGAAAGAGGUCGAUCCAAAGUCUGUGUUUAUGAACCCGCAGACGGUCUAG